CAACCACCCGGCCCUCCUCGUCGUUCCAGACGUCUCCGUACUCUACACACCUCCUCUUUACGACACUAGACCUUAGAUAUGCCUUACUCUGCUGGUGACUCCGGAAAGGGAGCUGGACUCUUCAAGACCCGCUGCGCUCAGUGCCACACCCUUGCUGCUGGCGAGGCUCACAAGGUUGGCCCCAACCUCCACGGUCUCUUUGGCCGCAAGACUGGCCAGGCUGAGGGCUACUCAUACACGUCAGCCAAUGUCUCCAAGGGUGUUGUUUGGGAGGAGAACACUCUGUUCGAGUACCUCGAGAACCCCAAAAAGUACAUCCCCGGCACCAAAAUGGCGUUCGCUGGUCUUAAGAAGGACAAGGAUCGCAAUGAUCUUAUCACCUACCUCAAGGAGGCGACCGCGUAAAUACCACUUCGGACUCUAGAUUGUUUAUUUGCAUACACUAUAUUAAUACCAUUGGCGUAGUACUAGACACCCCCAUUGUAUAUCCUCUGCAUACAUCCCCCAUUCACGAGACCUUGUUCUGCGUGAGGACACAAAAUACUACUCCACCCCGCACUAUGUCAUUC